CCCAAAUAUGGAGGCCUUUGCUCCGAAGGGGAUUUGCGGGCUGGGCUGGAGCCGUGAUGUCACCGGCCAGCCGGCCAGAGCCUUUUAGCCCCAGCCCCAGCCUUUCCCGGCGGCAGAGCAUCGGCUGAGGAGAGCCCAGCACCAUCCCUUGUUGUCUUCCUCCUCCCUCCAGAGAAGAUGGCAAACAAAGGUCCUUCCUUCGGCCUGAGCAGAGACAUCCAGGCCAAGAUUGAGAAGAAAUAUGACGACAAUCUGGAAGAGCGGCUGGUAGAGUGGGUUGUGACCCAGAGUGGGGCAGAUGUGGGGCGCCCUGAACGUGGCAGGCUGGGCUUCCAGGUCUGGCUGAAAAAUGGCAUUGUUCUGGGCAAGCUGGUGAACAGCCUCUACCCCAGUGGCUCCAAGCCAGUGAAGAUCCCAGACCCCCCUCCCACCAUGGUCUUCAAGCAGAUGGAGCAGAUCUCCCAGUUCCUGAAGGCAGCAGAGGACUACGGCGUGGUGAAGACCGACAUCUUCCAGACAGUCGACCUGUUUGAAGCGAAAGACAUGGCAGCGGUGCAGAGGACGCUCAUGGCCCUGGGCAGCCUUGCGGUGACCAAGGACGACGGGCAGUACAAAGGAGACCCCAACUGGUUCAUGAAGAAAGCCCAGGAGAACAAGCGGGACUUCUCGGACAGCCAGCUGAAGGAAGGCAAGAACGUGAUUGGGCUGCAGAUGGGCUCCAACCAGGGUGCCUCGCAGGCGGGCAUGACGGGCUACGGCCGGCCCCGGCAGAUCAUCAGCUAGACGGGGAGCAGCCCCGCCCCACCCCACCCCACCCCCCAGCAGAACUGGCCUCCCAGGCCCUGUGCUCACAGCCCCAAUGCCGCCAACUGGGUCUUGAUGGGAGAACCUUUGACCCCAAUGCAGCCCUGGAAAAGAUGUCUGGGGGGGACCCGAGGGACUCCGGCCAGGCCGCUCUGUCGGGACGGCCGCCUUCCCCCCCACUGGCUCUCCCCCCACCAGCCUUCUGCAUGCUCCCUGCUUCACUGGCUCCCUGGCCCCGCGCCAGAGCAGCAGCUCCCUUGCCCCGCCUGGGCCUGACAGCCUGCCUGGAAAUGGCUGAAGUGCAGCCCCCCUCCCCACCCCUUCUCAACAGGCCCCUGCAAAGAGCAAGGGGGGGGCGCGUCUCCCCUGCCCGCCGGUCUUGUACAUGGUUCCUCCAUUAAAAGCCACGAGUCUU